UGUUGUCUUUGGGUCAAUAUACAAGAAGCUGUUAGGCAAUUGUGUUUCUUCUAAUUCACGUGGUGUGCAGGAAGUGCACUGAGUCAGUUUCUCCAAAACACUGACAGCAGAUAAAAAGCCCCAUUUGUCUUUAAGGAAGUGCAGUGAGAAAGUGAGGAGUCAUCCUGCAGCAAACAUGUCAGACUGUUGGCAGCGUUAUGGGAAUAUAUUGAAUAUUGACACAACUGGAGCUUCAGCAGCAACUGCAAGACCAGAAGGUCUGAGCUAUGCAGGAGUUUGUGCCUCAGAGAAGAUUGCAGAAAGAGAUUUGAAAACCAUGGAGAAAUACCAUGCCAGGAUUACAGAAGUUGGCCAGAAUAAGUGCAUUGAUCCAGCUCUCAUUGCUGGUAUUAUCUCUCGGGAGUCACAUGCUGGCACAGUGCUGGAUGGUGGCUGGGGUGACCACGGAAAUGCAUUUGGCUUAAUGCAGGUUGACAAACGGUACCACGAGCCUGUUGGAUCAUGGGACAGUAAAGAGCACUUAACACAAGGCACAGAGAUUUUAAGUGGGAUGUUAGAACAAAUGCAGAAGAAAUUCCCGACAUGGACAAAGGAACAGCAGCUCAAAGGUGCAAUUGCAGCCUAUAAUGCAGGGCCUAGAAAUGUCCAGAGCUAUGAUGGAAUGGAUGUUGGCACAACACACAAUGACUAUGCCAAUGAUGUGAUUGCAAGAGCCAAGUAUUAUAAGAAAAAUGGAUACUGACAAAUCUGUAGCUUUAAGUCACUGAUUGCAUACUUUGCUGAUGCUAAUGCUAAUAAUAAUAAUAAAAUCCCUGCAAAAAGUAAGAGUGGGGGAGAGCAAUGAAGCCAGAAACAAGUGUGAGCUUUCAAUGCUUUUUUUUUCCAACCAAGGCUUAACAAAAUCACUUUUAAAAGUAGCACCACUAAUAAUCCAAACUGUAGUCUAUCUUUUGCCAUUUAUUUGUUACUUCAUGAGAGUAUUCAAGCAGUUUUCACCUGUGCUUGCAGUUUUUCAAGCAGCAGAUUAAUACUGUAAGAAAGUUGUAACACUUCUCAGCAAGAUUUUAUCUGCCUCAGAAUUUAUCUGUCAACACACGUAUCUAACAGAAGAACAAAGUUGUUUGUUAACAAUUUGUAAUUAUGGCAUUGAGUAUUUGCUAUAAAUACUGCAUAUGCUUAGCCUACCAGAACAGUAUAUCACAGAGUAUCAUAUCCUUUAAGAAUAACUGCUCUUAACUUUGGUGAUGAGAUCUCAAGUGGCUGUUUCUUGUUAAACUACCCUUAACAUUUUUUUUUCCCCUCUAUUGAUACUUCAUUUAGCCUCUGUGGUUGCAACCAACCAGUAAAACUCAAGCUGCUGUAUUGAAUACUUUUAUUGAAGGUGUAUAUCAGCUUCAGUGCAGGAGUAAGAAUAUGCAUAUUCUCUCUUGUUUUUAAAAUACCAUGUGGUUUACAAAAUCCGAGGUAAGCUCAUGCACAAUA